AUGAUAUAUUUAUUAUACCCUAUUUUCCCUAAAAAAAAUUAUAUUAUAUCAAAUUUAUAUUUAUUAUUAAUUUUAGAAAUUUUAUAUAAUUUGAAAUAUUAUAUUUUAAUAAUAAAUAAUAUAUAUAUUAAAAAUUUUUAUAUAAUUUAUUUUAAAAUAAUAAUUUUAUUAACAAAUAUAAAUAUUAAUUCUAUAGAUACAAUUCAAAAUAUUAAUAAUUUAUUUAAAAUAAUUUUAAAUUUAAAUUUUAAUUUUAUUAAUUUGCAUAAAGAAAUAAAAUUUAAUAUAUUAAUUUUAAUAUUACCUUUGAUAUAUAAUAAUAUUAUUAUAUUAAAUGGUUUAUAUAAAACUUGUAUUCAAUUAUUAAAAAAAAAUAAUAAAAUUUAUAUUAUAAAAUAUAAUAAAAAUAAUAAAAAUAUUAUUUAUUUAUAUAUAUAUAUAAAUUUUAAUUUAAAAAUAAUAUUUGAAUUUAAUAAUAUUAAUAUAUAUUGUUUUUAUAAUAAUUAUAAAUUUAAUUUUAUAAUUUUAUUAUUAUAUUUAAAUAAUAUAAAUAUAUUAGUUAAAAAUUAUAAUUUUGUAUUAAAAAAAAUAAUAAUAUAUAAUUACAUUAAAUUUAAAACUUAUAAAUUUAAUAUAUAUAAUAUUAUUUUAUUAAAAUUAUUUAUAAUUGAAAAAAUAUUUAAUAAAAAUUUAUUUAUUAAUAUAUUUAAAAUUUUAUUUUCUAUAAAAAUUAAUUUUAUAUAUUAUUUUGAUUACUAUAUUAAUAAUAUUUAUAAUAAAAAAUUUUAUUCUAUUAUUGAUCAUUUAUCUUUAAAAUGUAAUGAAUAUUUAAUUAAUUUAAAAAUUAAAUUGUUUAAUAUAUAUAAUAAUAUAUAUUUUUUAUUUAAUAAUAAAAAAUAUAUUAAUAUUAUUCUAGAAAAUAUUAAUAUAAAUCCUUUAAUUCAAUAUUCAGAUCAAAUAAAUAAUUUAUCAGAAAUAAAUCAAAAAUUUAAAAUAAAUAUGAUUACUACAGGAUUAAAUUCUAAAUUUAUAUUAAAUAAAAAUUUGAGAGAAUUAUCUAGAAAUGUAUUAGGAUAUAUUAGUUUAAUUAAUACUAAUGAAGGAUUAACUUGUGGAUUAAUUAAUUAUUUAACUGUUAAUGUUUAUUUAAAUUUAAAAUAUAAAUUUAUAAUUUAUUAUAAAUAUUUAUAUUAUAGUAAAUAUAAUUUUAAAUUGAUAUUAGAUAUUUUAAAUAAGAAUUUUUAUAAUAUUUAUUUUAAUAAAAUUUAUUUAAAAAAAAAUAUUAAUUUUAAUAAAACUAUUAUUUUAACUAUAAACAAAAAUACAUUUAAAAUAAAUAAUAUUAUAAAAAAUACAAUUUAUAUACCAUUUAAUUAUUUAUUAUCUUUAAUUGAAAAUUUAAUUCCUUUUAUACAUUAUAAUGAUUCUAUUAGAAAUUUAAUGAGUAUAAAAAUGCAUACUCAAAUAGUUCCUAUUGUGUAUUCAGAAUUAAGUAAUAUUAUUACAAAUUAUAAUUUUAUUUUAAAUAAAUAUUUAAAUUAUUUAAUUAUAUCUUAUCAAGAAGGUAUUAUUAUAUAUGUUUCUUAUAUAAAAAUAAUAAUAAGAGAUAUAUUUAAUAGACAAAUAAUUUAUUAUUUAAAUAGUUAUAAAAAAUUUAAUCAAAAUAUAUUAUUAAAUUAUAAACCUAUAGUAUGGGUAGGAGAGAAAAUUAAUAUAGGUAAAAUAUUAGCAAUAAAUUCAAAUUUAUUAUAUAGUGAAUAUAGUUUAGGUAAUAAUUUAUUAAUAGGUUAUGGAUCUUAUUUAGGAUAUGAAUAUGAGGAUGCAAUUAUUAUUAAUAAAAAAAUAUUAUAUAAUAAUUUAUAUACAUCAUUACAUUUAAAUAUUUAUGAAAUAUCUUUAAAUAUUAUAAAUAAUAUACCAGAAAUAUGUAGUAUAAAUAUAUCAAAAGCACAUUAUAAAAAUAAAAAAAAUUUAGAUAAAUAUGGUAUAAUAAAAGAAGGUACUUUUUUAUUAUCUAAUAAUAUUUUAGUUUCUAAAUUAAUAAUAAUACCUUUUAUAUUAAAUAAUAAAAGUUUAAUAAAUAUUAUUAAUUUUUUAUUUGGAAAUAAAUUAAGAAUAUUUAAAAAUAAACCAAUAGUUUCAACUAUAUAUGAUAUGGGUAGAAUUAUUAAAAUUGAAAUUAUAUCAGAUUAUUUAUAUAAUAAAUUAAAAAAUAAUAAUUUAUAUUUAAAAAUUAGAAUUUAUAUUGGAAUACAAAAAUAUUUACAAUUAGGAGAUAAAAUUUGUAAUAGACAUGGAAAUAAAGGAGUUAUUUCUUAUAUAAAUGAAAUUAAUGAUAUGCCAUAUUUAAAUAAUAAAAUUCAACCUGAUUUAUUUAUAAGUAGUAUAAGUAUACCUUCUAGAAUUAAUAUAGGUCAAAUAUUUGAAGGUAUAUAUGGAUUAAAUAGUUUAUAUAAUAAUAAUAGAUAUAUAAUUUCUAAUAAUUUAAAUAAAAUUUAUUAUAAUAAUUAUAUUAAUAUUUUUAAUUAUUAUAAAUAUAAUUAUAAUAAUAAUUAUAAUAUAAUUAAAAUGUCUUAUAAUUAUAAUAAGUUUUUUUUAAAAAAUCCAUUUACUGGUCAUUUAAUUAAUAAUAGUAUUUGUUUAAAUAAUAUUUAUUAUUAUAAAUUAAUUCAUAUGAUUAAAGAUAAAUUAAGAUAUAGAUUUAUAGGAUUAUAUUCAGAAUUAACACAACAACCUAUAAAAGGAAAUACAAAACAAGGUGGACAAAGAUUUGGAGAAAUGGAAGUAUGGGCUUUAGAAGCUUUCGGAGCUUCCUUUUUAUUUAAAGAAUUUUUUACAUAUAAAUCAGAUGAUAUUAAAAGUAGAAAAUUAUUAAAAAAUUAUUUAUUUAAUAAUAAUAAAAUAAAAACUACAUUUAUAUCAGAAACUUUUAAAUUAAUUUUAAAAGAAUUACAAAGUUUGACUAUUAAUAUAGAAGCAUUUUGUAUAUUUAAUAAUAAUAAUUUAAUAAAAACUUUACCUAUAAAUACAAUUUAUUAA